CACUUCCUCACUCAUACUAUAAGAGACGAGGAAGGACGAUUUUGUGUCAAUUUGCUAUUAAAAGAAUCUGUAGAUUGUUUAGGUGAUAGUUACAAUACUGCUAAAAAGCGAUUUCUUAAUUUAGAGAAACGUUUUAAACGAAAUCCUACUCUUAAAUAUGAGUAAGGUUCUCUUCCUGUAAUAGACUCAUUAGAUCGUUUGCUUACGUGCAAAGAUUCAUAUUCAACACCAAAAAUAGUAUCAAGCGUAAUGGCAUAUUAACAGCUGAUGAAUUGCGUGAAUCCUGGUAUUCGUUAUGCAUUAUUGCUCAAAGUCAAUCUUUUUCAGACGAAUAUGAAUCACUUUUAAAUAAUAAACCAUUAAGCAGUAAAAGCAAAAUAUUGUGUUUGUCCCCAUUUUUAGAUAAUAAGAUAAUGCGUGUUGGAGGGCGCUUAGAUGCCACAGAUUUUUACUCCUUUGAUAAAAAACACCCCAUUUUACUUCAUGCAUCGCAUAGACUAACAAGGCUUUACUUCGAAAGAGAACAUCUCGUCAAUAUGCACGCUGGUCCUCUUUUGUUAUUUUCAACUGUAAGAGAAACUGUUUGGCCAGUUAAUGGACGUCACCUCGCAUGGCGUGUUGUAAAUAAUUGUGCUAGGUGUAGACGCCUACGAGGUAAAUCCCUACAACCUAAAAUGGGUAACUUACCACCCCAACGUAUUACCCCCGACUAUCCUUUCUUGUCAGUCGGGCUAGACUUUGCUGGUCCUUUUACUAUCAUUAAUCGCAAGGGCCGUGGUAGUCGUUUGAUUAAAUGUUACUUGUGCUUGUUUGUCUGUCUUCGUUACAAGUGCAUCCAUCUCGAAGCCGUUAGUGAUUUAACUAAGGAUGCAUUCAUUAUGACUCUUCGACGCUUUAUAGCGCGCCGAGGCAGACCCACUGAAAUUUUUAGUGAUAAUGGGACUAAUUUUGUAGCUGCCGCAAAGGAAUUAGGGUCAUUUAUCAAACAAAACCAAGAACCUCUAUUUGAUUUUGCAAGCCAAAACCUUAUAAUGUUUAAAUUCAUUCCGGCUUACACUCCUCAUUUUGGUGGACUAUGGGAAGCCGGCGUUAAAUCGGCUAAACAUCAUAUAAAGCGCGUUAUCGGUAAUAGCCACCUCACCUUUGAGGAAAUUUCUACUUUAUUUACACAAGUGGAAUCUAUUUUAAAUAGUCGUCCAUUAUGUCCGUUGUCGUCGUGUCCCAAUGACCUUCUUUCCCUAUCCCCUGGACACUUUCUUAUCGGAAGGCCGCUAACUGCUCCACCAGCGCAAUACUUGGGCGACUCUAAAGAAAACUAUCUUCAACGCUAUGAACGCCUGGAAAAAAUACAGCAGCAUUUCUGGCAGCGAUGGCAGCGCGACUACAUAUCAGAAAUGCAGCAAAGAACUAAAUGGAAGAGCAACGCUGCCAAGCUGAGCGUCGGGGAUAUGGUGCUCCUGUCAGAAGAUAACGCUCCCCCUCUGUCAUGGAAGCUCGGUCGUGUUCUACGCCUCAUCACGGGAUCCGAUGGAAUAGCCAGAGUGGCAGACGUCACCACAAACAGAGGCUGUGUGCGGCGCUCUCUCGUACGUCUGUGUAAGCUUCCGACAGCCGAAGAGCUUCGUGGUUGAAAAGCGAGUUUUCAACGGCCGGGAGUAUGUACAGGCUUUGAAAGCCUAUGUUAAAAAUGGAGUGCUAAGUGUGUGUUAUAAACUUUGCGUAAACGAAUCGGCAGGCGUUUACAGUGCAUGGAACAAUUUUAAUUGUCAUCGCUCACUUCAAAUACGAGCUCUGUACAAGUAACACCCUUUUUUUAUUAAAUUAAUUUUGCAUAUAUAUGGGCAUUUGAUUUACACCAUCAUAUCCUCUAAAGAUAUGAC